GCACGACAUAAAAAGUGGUGCGCAUGAGAUAAAAAGUGGUGCGCACGACAUAAAAAGUGGUGCGCACGACAUAAAAAGUCGUGCGCACGAGAUAAAAAUAAUAAUUUCCAUGUCACCUCCAGGGCUCCGUAAUAUACACUUACGGUGUAUAUAUAAACUAUAUCCAUAUAUACACGCCGUAGACAGCCAUAGAUAUAUAUGGUAGAUAGCAUCGACGAAGUUACGUCAGAAACGAAGUUGUUACCACUCUGGAAAGGCUGUUUUGGGGCAUUUCGUUGUUUUUAUUGUACAACAUUAAGCGAUGAUGAGGACGCUGGAAGAGGUGCAGGCCACGCUGCAGGCAGCCAAACUGAAGGAGGAAGAUUUACAGCCAACCAUCCAGUGUUUGUCAUUUGGGGAAAAUGUUUCAUCGGCCGAUUAUUGUCUGAUGGAGCUGGACGACACGCUGUGCAAACACAUCGAAGCUGGCCAGAGUCUUGUGAUCCGCGGGGAUAAAGAUGAGCGUGCGGUGGUUUGCAGUGGGGACAAGACCUAUGAUCUGAAAAUAGCUGACACCUCCAACCUGCUGCUGUUUGUACCUGAAGGCAGAACUCCAGACCAGCUCAGCAGCAGCCAGGACGGCUCUCAAGUAGCUCAUGCUCAGAUCUGGGGAUUUUGUAACAGCUACUGGGAGCUAAGGAAACAGCGGCCUAAGGUGAAGAAGCUGAAGAGGCUUUUAAUGGAGAAUCCUUAUGAAGGACCUGCACUCAGUGGACAAGAGGAGAGGACGGAGAACAGGUACACGAUGCAGGACCUGUUGGAGAGGAUUCAGGCGAGUGAGGAGGAGAUAAAGACCCACUUGGAGACCCUUCACGCUUGUCAGAUCGAUGGUUACUGGCGUGUGCUGGACUUUGACUAUGAGAUUAAGCUGCUCGGCCAUCUGACUCAGCUGGUGGAUUCUGAGUCAUGGUCCUUCCACAAGGUCCCCCUUCACACCUGUCUGGAGGAGCUGGCCCUGCUGGAGCCUAAAGAAAUGAUCGAACACUCCUUGAACUCUUAUGGGAAACGCUACACUGAAAACGACGAGGUUCUCUAUGCAUUGGAUGAAGAUAAAGUAUGUCGUGGUGUGGCUCUCAUGCUGCUGCACAACGCUAUCAAGUUCAACCUAAAGGAGUUUCAGGAGGUCUGGCAGCAGAGCGUCCCAGAGGGGAUAAGUACAAGACUGGACCAGCUAAAGGGAGUCGCUCUAGUGGACCGCACCUCCCGCCCAGAAACCAUCAGUCUUCUGCGAGUGGACGACCUCCCAGAGGACACAAUGGAGCGCUUCAACCACCUCUUUACACUCAGGGAGAAAUGGACAGAAGACGACAUCACGCCAUACAUAAAGGAUCUGUGUGGAGAGAAACAGACCACUGGAGCCCUCCUGACCAAAUAUGCUCGAUCCUCAGUGCAAAAUGGGAUUAAGGUGUUUAACUCCAGAAGACCAGUGGUUACAUGAGUGACACAUUUCUUU